UCGCCGUACGCCAAGAUGGCGGACGUGCACUUCCUCCCACACUUCCGGCCCCGCCCGCGCCCGCUAGGCCCGGAUUGGCCCCGGCAGCGGCCCGUCGCGUCGCGCUGCGGAACCGUCGGAGCGACGCCGCUCUCAGUCGGCUGCGGGAGAGGGAAGAUGGACGCAGCUACUCUGACCUACGACACUCUUCGAUUUGCUGAGUUUGAAGAUUUCCCGGAGACCUCAGAGCCUGUGUGGAUACUGGGUAGAAAAUACAGCAUUUUCACAGAAAAGGAUGAGAUCUUGUCCGAUGUGGCAUCCAGACUUUGGUUUACAUACAGGAAGAACUUCCCAGCCAUUGGGGGCACUGGCCCCACCUCGGACACAGGCUGGGGCUGCAUGCUGCGCUGCGGACAGAUGAUCUUUGCCCAGGCCCUGGUGUGCCGCCAUUUAGGCCGAGAUUGGAGGUGGACCCAGCGGAAGAGGCAGUCUGAUAGCUACUUCAAUGUCCUCAAUGCGUUCAUCGACAGGAAGGAUAGUUACUACUCCAUUCACCAGAUAGCACAAAUGGGAGUUGGCGAGGGCAAGUCCAUCGGCCAGUGGUACGGGCCCAACACUGUUGCCCAGGUGCUCAAGAAACUGGCUGUUUUCGACACCUGGAGCGCCUUGGCAGUCCACAUAGCCAUGGACAACACGGUGGUGAUGGAGGACAUCAGAAGGUUGUGCAGGGGCAGCCUUCCGUGUGCGGGGGCCACCGCACUACCCACGGAUUCCAGCCGGCACUGUAACGGCUUCCCGGUGGGAGCGGAGGUCACCAACAGGCCGGCACCAUGGAGACCCCUGGUGCUUCUCAUCCCUCUGCGCUUGGGGCUCACCGACAUCAACGAGGCCUAUGUGGAGACGCUGAAGCGCUGCUUCAUGAUGCCUCAGUCCCUGGGAGUGAUCGGAGGGAAGCCCAACAGCGCUCACUACUUCAUAGGCUAUGUGGGUGAGGAGCUCAUCUACUUGGACCCGCACACGACGCAGCCUGCGGUGGAGCUGACUGACAGCUGCUUCAUUCCAGACGAGAGCUUCCACUGCCGCCACCCGCCCAGCAGGAUGGGCAUCAGCGAGCUCGACCCAUCCAUUGCCGUGGGCUUCUUCUGUAAGACUGAGGACGACUUUGAUGACUGGUGCCAACGAGUCAGACAGCUGUCAUUGCUUGGAGGUGCCCUGCCCAUGUUCGAGCUGGUGGAGCAGCAACCCUCUCACCUGGCCUGCCCGGACGUCCUGAACCUGUCCUUAGAUUCUUCUGACGUAGAACGACUGGAAAGAUUCUUUGAUUCAGAAGAUGAAGACUUUGAAAUCUUGUCUCUUUGAAAAUCCUGGAGUUGGGGGACAGUCUUCACUGGCCCUUCCUGGGGGCCCCUUCCAGAGCCCGGCCCUGCCUCGGGGCGCUUGGCGCCGCCGUGUUUCAUCCAUCCAGCCUGCCCGUCCGCUGAAUGCCCGCGCCCCAUGCUGCCUCCGCCCGCGGAUGGAGGACUGCCCUGUCCCGAGGGCCUUCCCGCGAGCCUGGGGACUGUGCAGGCCCGGAGGGCUCACCGGGCUCCCUGGCACAGACGAGGUGCCACCCGUGGGAAGGCCCGUGCAGCCGGGCAGGCGCUCCAGAGAGCUGAGCCGUUCGCACCUGAGAGCUCUCCCUGCGACACGGCCCACCCUGUGUUCGCCUGCUGCCUCUGCCCUGCUUCCUCCUGGGCACUCGGUUCUGGGUUUGCUUUGGAAUUAAAGUCCUGUUUGAAGUUCCAAGGACAUGAAUUUCUGUGGGGCACGUCCCAAGUCAGGCUCCGGAGAGCUGCAGGGCGGGCGUGCACGAAUGGUGCCUGCGGACUUGGUCUGGCCCUGCCCUCCAAGGCCCCUGCCCUCCGCACCGCCUGCCUGGCGUGCUUCUCAAGGGCUACCUCAGUGGGAGAUCAGGCUGAAGUAGUGCGGCAGGGUUUCUCCUUCCUCUGGGGAGCAAACUAGUAAAGUGGUGGCACAUGGUGGAAACCCAAAGAUGUCCCCGUGCUUGGGACUCACUAGGACGGGGAUGUGCCUGCUUUCCCGGAGCCGCAGGUAAAGUCCAAGUAGGCUGCAUCUUUCUCAUGCCGCCUUUGCGGGUCCGGGCAUCCCAGACGCCCCGCGUGCUGCUGCUUGCUUGUCGUGCCAGCUUCCUCUGGGUCGGGGUUGGGUGUGGGGAGGAGCUGCUCUGGGGCCCUGGCAGGGGCGGGGUGUGCAGCCUGCUGCCAUCCAGGGCCUUCCUCCUACUCACCAAGGCUUUAGGUGGUUUAGGGCCGGAAGGUAAAGCUCACAGCUUUACGAUGUGAGCCUGGCGCCCCAUCCCUCUUUUGUACCAGUCAGAGACAUUUCCAGAUCCUUCUCAGCACUAACGUCAGCACCUGCAGCCUUUAGUCCAAGUCCUCUGGGCCCAGGCUGCACCACUCCCAUUCGGGUUUGCCGUCCAUCUUGGAAGCCUGGCUUCUGUCCCACCAGAAGUGUAAAUGGGCUGUGGGGGGCUCCGGCAGAGGCGAUGGGCUGUCCCAGAGCGCCUCCACACACAGUCUCCUCCGAGCCCUGCCUGGGAGGGCGGGGCCUGAACUCAUGGUCGCCCCGAGCCUGCUCGUCCUGCCCACAUAAGCGACUUUCUCUGUUUUGUUUUUCCUGUUUCUUGUGCCCCGCCGGUGAGGUGCAGUUGGGGGAACAGGGAAGGUUGGCUGGUUUCCACUCCUCCAGCACUGCAUUUCUCUGACGAACAUGUGCUGCUGCUGGUACGAACCAGGGACGCAGGCGAUGGCCUGACCCACAGAGAGCUUUGUUUCGUGUUUUGAAAAAGGCUUACUGAAGAGAAUGUUGUUCAUUCUUAGUAGUGUAGUUUGCAGUUCUUAAUGGCAAAUAAUAACAGUUUCAGUAGAAAACA